AUGUUCCGCCUGGUGCUCUCCUGUCUGCUGCUGGGCGCCGGCCUCGCCAAGCCGUCGCCGGGUGCGGUCUCUGGCAAAGUCCCGGAGAUCUCUCCACGUGAGCCGAGCUACGAGGCACAGCCGCUGCCGAGGGGAAAUGGCGAAGCGAGGACCAUGUACACACUAGAUCCUGGCACUUACUCCCUCAAAUCUCCCAACUAUCCCUACAGAUACCCAAACAAUGCCUACAAGACCUACACGGUGCGGGGAAACGACAAUCAGAUAAUCUCUAUCUCUUGCGAGAAUUUCAACAUCGAGAGCGCUAUCUCCUGCCAGUACGACUACCUCUCCGUCAACGGCCAGCGCUUCUGCGGCUCCACCGGGCCCAACUUGAGCGGCACUGUCCUGGAUAUCGUCUUCAAAUCGGAUGAGGACGUCAGGAGGACGGGUUACAAGUGUACCAUCACAGUGCCGACAGGCAGCGGUAGCGGCAGCACGGCGGCCACCACCGAGGGCACCACCGCGGCCACCGGCAGCCCCUCCGGCGACCAGUGCUGCGGCGUCGCCAACCGCGCCUCCCGCAUCGUCGGCGGCGUGCAGACCGAGGUCAACGAGUACCCGUGGCAGGCGGGUCUGGUCAGCACGGGCAGCACCCGCACCUGGUGCGGCGGCACCGUCAUCAACAACCGCUACGUGCUGACGGCGGCACACUGCACCGCCGACCUGCAGUCGGCCAGCGAAAUCCAGGUCCUGCUGCGUGAGCACCGCAUCGGCACCUCGGACGGCGAGAUGCGCUACAACGUGGCGCAGAUCAUCAACCACCCGUCUUACACGGACGCCUACGAGUCCGGCUACGACUUCUCGCUGCUGAAGCUGUCGUCCACCAUCGACUUCUCGUCACUGGACAACAAGGUGGCCCCGGCGUGCCUGCCGACCGGCGGAGAGUUCGCCAACGUGAGCGCCAUCGUCAGCGGCUGGGGAACCACCUCUUCGGGCGGCUCUCAGGCCACCGUGCUGCGGGAGGUCACCGUGCAGACCAUGACCAACGACCAGUGCCGCCGGGAGUACGGUCGGCUCGGCUACACCAUCAACAGCAGCAUGCUGUGCGCCGGUGACGAUGACGGCGGCAAGGACUCCUGCCAGGGCGACAGCGGCGGCCCGCUGGUGACCGACGUCAGCGGACGCUACACGCUCAUUGGCGUGGUGUCGUGGGGCUACGGCUGCGGCGACGUCGGUUUCCCGGGCGUCUACGCGCGCGUGACCGAGGUCACCAGCUGGAUCCAGCAGAAAACCGCCGAUGCCAGCCUCUGCUAAUCACCUCUUAUAGGAAAUGACCUGCUAAUGACCUGAAUCAAGGACCUUCUAUGGAUGAUUGGCGCUUUAGGGUUUUCUAUCGUUCAGACAGUUUUGGCGUCACUUCUAAACAUUACUUUUUACUUCUGAGUGGGGUCCCUUCUAAUAUAGUUUGCGGGAAACCUUGGUUGAAAUAAAUUAUGUGUUAUACAAUGAA